AUGGAGUCUAAUAUAAAAGUAGCGAUUCUUCCUAAGACCAUUUUGGAGCCAGAAACAGAAAAAUCCCAAAAGUUAGCAAUUUUAGAAGUAUCAUACAAUUAGAAUAACACUACUCAAGCAGGGGAUUCAGAUUAUCUCUCGUCUUUACAAUUUGAUAAAAUACUUAAUACUGAAAUUGCCAAUGAUUAUAUUCCAACGAAAGAAAAUAACGCUGAACCAAAUGAAGAUCCUUAUAACAUUGAUAUUCUGAUGCAGAAAAAAGGAAGUGAACUUAAUAAAGCACUUGAAGAAAUCAGAAAACAGAACCUUUAUAAUGCAGCUUGCAAACUUAAAUCUAUGUUACCUUCAAAAGGCCGUUGUCCUAUAUGUACUUUAAAGUUACCUUGUAAGCAUUAUUCUUCAACGAUAGAAAUAAAGCCUGCUUCUCGAGGCAGAUCUCAUUCUCCGAUGACUAGCUUUACAUGUCUAUCGGAAACUCCUAAAUCUUCUAAUGUGACACAAAUUCACUUUUCUCCAGAGCCUCGAGAGUUUUAUAUUAGAUACAGAAAAAUUAAUGGAAACUCAGCUGAAGUCACUCGACGUCCUAAAGAAAAAGGCAUAGAUAGAGAAUAUCAAAAAUUAAAAGUUUUAGAAAAAAUUGAAAAAUAUAGAGAGGAAAAAUUAAAGAAAGAAAUUGAAAUUAUUGAAGAGCUUAAAAGAGUUGAGGAGCAAGAAAUUGUAAGGCAAAAAAGAAUUGAAGAAAAACAAAAACAAUACUAUGAAAGACAGAAACAAAGGUUAAAAGAGUACCAUGAAGAAUUAAAAAGACCUAAAGAAAUAGAAACUAUAAGAGCACUAGUAAAUGACAAAAAACUAAAAAAAAGAGAAGAAAUGAGAAGAAAAUACGUUGAAGAGCAGGUAUGGGUUAUAUAGAAAAGAAAGAUCGACGAAUAUCACCAAAAGAAAAGAAUGAUAGAUGGAAUCAUUCAAGAUCAAAUCAGCGAAUUGGAAAAAGCGGUUUUAAAGCCUAAAAAAAUGAGCAAAUCAUUAAAAAGCAGCAGAAAUAAUAAACUAUAA